UAUAGGUUCGCUAGAAAAAAGGGAGAAACGAGUUUUCACGAUUUUGCUGAAAACACUUGUAAGCACUUGCUAAAGUCUGAUGAUCACACUUUAUGUUUUGUGGUGUUUAUCAGGAAAAUAAAAAUUGUUUGUAAUUUUUUAAUUGAGCAUAUCAAAAUUCGUGAUGUUUGCAAAUGAAUUAAAUUUGAAAUUGAAAAGCGCCGUGAGGAUUUCUACCGAAGUACACGGAGAAUGCAAUAAUGAAGGUGUAGCAGAUUCAAGGCAGGAAGCUAUAAUCGGUGGUUUUUGGAGAGAUGGUUCACUCACUUGGAGAGCCAAAGGAUCUGUUCUGGAUGUUAUCUGCACUCUGACUGGAGAUAGGAAGAUGUCUUAUAAUUUUGAGAAUGAUGAAAAAACUCAUAACUGUACUAUUAUUACUGCCCAAGAAAUGGCUGUAGACGGCAUUACUUCUAGUGUGAUCGUAGUUGGAAUGCAGUUUCAAAACAAACACAGUUUGGUAGUCGUUAUAACGCUUCAAGGAUCGCGUGUGCUAGGACACAUCAACAUCGACGAUAAACUGUCUUGUCUGCAACCGAUUAGUAAAGCAUCAUAUCAUAAGGGUCGUAUAUCAAAAUACGAUGGAUGUGUUGCAAUUGGAACUGUAUCAGGAAAAAUUAUACUCGUUGAUACUUGCUUGAAACAUGAAGUCGAUAUGGUAUUUGGUCAGCGACUUGUGAUGAAUAGUCCGUAUAAAAGCCAAUGUCAUGUAGAACUAGAUACUGAGGAUCAUCCGCAAAUCUCCUCUAAUCAUAUAAUAGUUCGCCAGCGAGGUAUUUACUUUGGUUUGCAGUUAGCAUCUAUUGAGGAGGAGUCUUAUCCUAUCACUACACUACUCGAUUUACCAUCGUUAAUGGCAUUUGCCGCAGGUUAUGCUGAUGGGCGUAUUGUUUUGUAUGAUCUUUUUGAUUUGAGUAUUUUGCACAUUGUUCAACCUUUCCACAAGGAAUCCCCAAUAGUUACUAUGAACAUGAUUGAACCAACAGACGAUCCAAAAGCAUGUGUUUAUAUUUGGGCAUUUCAUGCGAGCAAAGACGGAGCUUUUGCUGUUAUGCAUACACUUAUGUUCGAAGAGAAAUACGUGGAACAUAACGGUCAUGUGUACGAACAUUUUUUGUCAUGUAGCCCGCGACUAAAUAUUACUUGUUAUGAUAAGGAUAGCUAUCCUCUCGGAAUACAAUCUAUCAUGAAAACAGUAAGCCAGGAAGAGGAAGUUCUAACAUUGAGCGUUUUAAGCUGGAUAGCGUCGGACAAAUCUACUAAUGUAUUGGUGUUUGAUUUAAAUCAGUGGUAUAAAGCAGAGAUGCCAAUAACAUGUGAUUGGAGGCAUGAACUGAACCACACUGUAGUGUUUAACAUUAAAGAGAUUGCUACUAGUAUUCAUCUUGUUACCGAUUCUCUGAUACCUUUUAAUUCUAUUCAAAGGCCGGAAGAACAUUUCUAUCCGAAUUCUCUAAGUUUUGACAUCAUUACCCUGCACUGUGAUAGUUGCCCCAGAUACUAUUGGAUCGGACUACAGAAUAAUUUAUUGGAUUAUUUAGAACGAAACGGAACAGUUUGUUUGAUGGAACCAAACAGAAUUUAUAACAUAAUGCUGCGAUCUGCGUUGAUUCCCCAGUUUAUUGAAUAUAAUUAUACGUUCGAUGCUCCCCUGGCUAUUCAACGAGAAUAUCUUCUUUCUGUGGCUUUGGAAUACAAUUGUUGCACUAUGCUGAAUAAAUGUGCAUUAAGUUGGGCCGAUGGAAGCCAUUUGGGAAAACAUCCUGAAGAGGGUACCUCACUAUCUACUCUUACUGAUUGGAUGUGGAAUCGGGCUAAAGUGUUAAAAGACCUAAGUAACACAAUGUAUAUUCCGUUGUUUGAUCUAUCAGGGCGUCGAAUAGAUUGUGGAACACAAAAAACAUUACUUCAUUGCUCUAGGCAGAUGUCGCACUUGACGAAGUUGUACGAAUUGAUCCUCGAUCAAUGUAGUAGUUACAUUCCGGAUAAAGUUUUAAAAUGUCUGGAAUCGCAAAAAAAAUCUGUUCAACUUGCAACGGAAUAUCAAGAAGUGGUUCAGUGGUUGUUGAAUGUUGGAUUGUUACCGGAAGGCAAUAUUGACGGAAUCAAUUUAUCCGAUGAAUUUCUUCUAGUUCCAUUCCCAUAUCAAGCCAUCCGAUCAUAUUAUUCAUCUCAACGUAUAAUGCUUAAUGAAUAUUGCCCUGAUAAAGAUGACCCAACAAGCAUUGGAGAAAGAAACUGUAAAUUCCUUUUUAUUGAUAACUUUGUGGAGCGGGAAUUUCCAGGUGAAUCGUUGCAAAAAGUAUGGAUUGAAAACAGUGCGUCCGGCGUGUAUCCUCCAAACUCAAUGCAAAACAUGUUGAGAGCUUUGCUAAUACCGAACGUUGACAUUGAAAUAAAAUAUAUUUUACUAUGCUAUACUUUCAUGGAUCUGACAGCAGUAUUUGGUGAUGGGAGGUACGGUGAUAUCGUUCAAAAUUUAAUCAAAUUCCCCGCCGUUUUUAAAUUAAGCUCAGCCAUUAUUAAACGUACGCAAGCAUUUUGGUUUUUGGAUCAUGGGAAUAUUAACGGAGCUAUUGAAGAACUGUUAUCUCCUAUGGCACAAACUGAGCGUUUCCCACAUUGGCAACAAGAAUUUCUUGUAACUGCUUUACUGCGGCACGAUGCUCCUCAUUUGGCACUGCGUGCAAUUAGAUCACCGAGUACACCGAUAUCACCGUUUCUCGAGCUUAAAACAUUGCUGGAAAAUAACCUUAUUUAUGAAGCAUUUAAACUGCAGCGCUCCAAAAAUGAUAUAAAUUUACUCUGUAGUUUUUUUGAAGGCACAUUGAAAUCGGCAAAGUAUGAAGUAUUGCUAGAUUUAGCUCUCUCGGAAAAGGAAACUCGUAUCCUAAGAGAAUAUUUACCUAAAACCAAUCAGCCAAUGGCCGAAAAUGUUCACUUCAUUCAUUUACUACAAAAGCUAGAUUUUGUUGACGCUGUCCGUAUGGUUGACAAACUAGGAAAAAAACGUUCCAAUGGAUACAAUUUGGAAGCACCCAAGGAAGCAUUGGCUUUGUAUCAUUCAGCUUUAGAGCCCACGACGCAACAUUUAUCCUACUUAACGUUCGCAGCGCAAAAACAUUUCAAACCUUCAAAAGCUGUUUUCGCUCAACCAUUGAGUUCACGUUUAAUUAGGGGUAGAGUAGAUUUUCGUGAUCGUAUUUACCAUAAGUGUAUUGCUGCUAUUAAAGAGGCUGCAGAGCCUUUAGAUCAUGCUCAACCAUUCCUGGAGAAGCCUGGUUUAGGUAUUUUUCAAUACUGCACACAGACUAAGAGUAAUAACGUAUGCUACCCGGUCAAUCUAGAGAUAAAGGUUACAAAACGAAAACAUGAUGAAGAUAACCUUCCGAACACGACGGAAAAACUUAAUAGCAAGAUGUUUUUGCACUUUGAAAACCCUACAAAGCGAAGGAAAAUCGACAUGGAUAUACCUCAUUCGGAACCACAUCUUUUCCCAAAAACUGUGCUUACGGAAUUUAAACCAAUAAAAUCAAAUUUCAAUUUUAGCCGCAGGUAUUCCAAGGAAAGUAUAACGGAAAAGUCUUUUAGUCGGUCCCCUUCAACUCAGCUAUCAACCCCAAUAGUUAAGAAAAUGUUCAUAUGUAAUCCGCCCUCACCAGAAAGCGUAAGUUCCUAUACGCCGCAUGGUAUUUUAAAAUCCACUGCCUCCGUGAACAGUUUUCUUAACCAAAAGAGUGUUUCACUUGCAUCUGUCGCUGGGGCUUCAUCGCCACUUGGAAAUGAAGCUGAGGAAAAAAUUCUACGAUUUGAUAUACCGGAACCAACGCAAAUUAUGAACAAUACGCAAGAUUUAGUUCUUAAAACUCCUACUCAAGAUGAAUCUAUAUUAUCAAGCGACGUUUUCUUUUCGCCUGAGGGAUCUAUCGUGUCAAUGGAAAAUGAGGCACACGUUUUAGAUAUCAAGGAUGUGAUGUUUAGUCGCUCGAAAUCACUGCAAUCAAUUCAUAAUCACUCGCGUUCGAAUACUCCUGAGGAAAAUAACAUAGCAAUUAUCAUAGAGGAUGUUGAGGAUGAUUCGUCGAGUAAACAGCAAGAGGCCAAACUCAUCAGUGACAUUGAUAACAUUGUGGAGAAAAAAGAACCCCUUGUAACCAAAACAAUAGUGUCAAAUAUUGAUUUAUCUGUUCCAGCAAAUAAUGUACCUAGUGGUCUAUCUUUUCCUGAUCGGCCAGCGCCUGAAUCGAGUAAACCAACUGAGGUUUCUCUAUUUGAUGUAUUGGAAGACGAUGUUGAAUCUACAUUUCUUGAAAGGGCUGGUAAUUCGGAUGCUAUAGAAAAGGCAAAUGAUUAUUUUCCCUGUGGAAAGUUUGAAGAGAACAGAAACUUUAAAUCGGCUAAUAGUGUUUUCUCGAAAUAUAUUAGAGCUGAAGCUGUUUCACGUGAAACGUCUAUUGUGAUUAUAGACGAUGAAGAACAAACCACAGAUACCAUGGAGUUAAAACUACAAACAAGCUCUGAAGUCUCAUCAGAGAAUAAUGACAACGACAAAUAUAUGCAAGAACAAGUUGAAGUAGUAUUUUCCACCGAAAAGGUCAGCGAAGAUGAGAAUAUUGAAACAUCAAUGCAUGUCGACGUCAUCAACAUCUCUAGCAGCUCUAGUAGCUCUAAUGAUAAUGAUGAUAACGACGAGAACCAACAAGAUGCAGAUAAUAACAGCGAUGAUAAGGACGAUUGUUUUGAUGAUACGAAUCCUGCUAAAAAGCCAUUAGAAGAUGAAUGCAAGAACCUUGAUGCAGAAGAAAUGAUGAACUAUGCGGACAUGGGAAGUGCUGGUCCAAAAAUAGAAUCGAAUAGAAAUACCUCUGAUUUCUAUUCAGAUACUGUUCCGGAUAUUAUCUUAGACCCGGAGACUAAACAAGAAAUCCAUACAGGUGGAUCGAAUGAAGCUCAAGUUUCUACGACAACCUCUGCAAAUUCCAAUGUGGAUAACCCAGAUGAACCGGCAAAUGUAGUUCUUCAAAUAGAAAAUAUUCAUAACAUUUCAAGUGAAAUUAUUAGACAUCAUGAAGCCGAAGACUUGACUGUUCAACAAGAAGUGGCUUUGCAAAUAGAAAAUAGAGCACAGACUCCAGAGCCGUCGACAAGCAGGGCUCGGCACAUGACUGUGUCUUUGAAUGAACGAACAGAUGCAGGAAAUGCCGAAGGUAACAUUGUUACACCGUCUAGAGACGAAUCAUUUAGUCUUAAAAAGGAUGAUAAAUUUUUGGGACAGCCGAAAAAAGCACAUGAGGUUGAAAUUCCUGUUAUGAACCUUUCCGUAAAACCAGAUGAAGCACAUGAAGCAAAUCGUAAGAAUAGCAAAAGUGAUGAAAGCGAUGAUGCUGCGGUACUAAAUCUUUCUACCGGGCCGAUAGUUGGAGUAAUGCCAAGUGACGAACAAAAAUCUGAAACAGAUAAUUCCACAGCCAUCGAUAAUUACAAAAAUGUUUCAACAUCAAAAAAUACUAACAGAGAGCAAUCUGGAAUUGAACGUAAUGAAAAUCAAGGUGCAGAAGCUAGUUCUACUGAUAUUUCGAAGGAUACUUCCAUGUUAUGGAAUGAUACUAAUCAUAAAACAAAGACUUCAAGAUCAAGAAGAAUUUCAACUGACAGUGUGCCAGCAUCUUCUUCCACCCCGAGAAGAAAUAUUAGAACCCGAAGAAUGUCUGCGAUUGAGGAAAUAGAGAAAUAUGAAACUACACCAUCGAAACGAAGAACCCGAGCUUCUUCAAUUGCGGCAGAAAUCAUGUCACCGAAUACUCCUCUAGGCUGCGACAGGAAACAUUCUUCAAUGACAAAUAUUGCAACUCCUGAAAACGAAAUUCUAACUCCUAGGAGAUCACUAAGAGCUACAUCACUUGCAAAAGAAUUUUUAACUACUACAACUCCCAUAGCAAAAAAGCGGUGUUCAUCUGAAACUAAAACUGAAACGAUAGCAAAAGAAAACAUCAAUUCGUUGAAAAAAACAGAUAGUAGUUCGAUAGAUGAGCUUGGAUCAGAAAAGUCUUUCACCAGCUCUAUUAGUCGGCGCAGAGGUCGAAGAUAUUCUGCCAUGAUUGGUAAACAAACAACGGAAUCAACAAUCUCUCUACCAGUUACUGAACCAUCUCCAUCGAAACCGUCUGUUUCCUCAAAUACAGUUGAUGAGGAAUCAUUUGUCGAGUAUUCUACAAAUCGCCGCCUAACGCGGCAUCAAUCAGCAAUUAUCGAAAAAUCAUUACAUAUGGCACGUAAAAUGUCCGCAAUACCUGAAGUUAUAAACGAUGCGAUAUUCCAUGAAGAUCAUGAAAGUGAAGCCGAAUCAGCUGUGUCGAACAUCAGUAAUACUUCGAAGCGUUCUACGCGGUCCAAAUUAAGUCAGCAGUCUCGAUCAAAAUCACAGACUGGUAGUAAUAAUCGGCCAAAAGCGGUGUAUUCCUCUAGAUCAUCGGUAUCCAAACGAGAUAGUAGCGACGCAGAAAGUUACGAUACUGAUCAAAGUGCGAGUCCUUCUAAAAAAUCGAUAUUGGAAACCAUUUCCGAAGAAGGUGAUAAAACAAUCUUGAAAAGUCGACGUCGCGGCAGACCAAGAAAGAACUAGAUUGGACAGUGCACGACUUCAACAGCUCGUUCGUCUUAUUUUGCUGAUAAUAAACUGGUUUGUUCUCCAUAUCUAUGUGUAUAGUUCUCAUAAUAUCAAUAGUGUUCUAGAUGAGAUAGAUGAGAAAACGGUCAUUUUGUUAUGUCUUAAAUUUUGAAUUUUGGUUGGGUACAUUUUGCACUUCUAUUCAAAGGUGACAUGGCUAAGUUUGGUGCAGCCAGGCUUAUUCAUCAACAAUUGUUUUUUUUCAGAGUCUUCAUAUAACAUGAUCAGAGAAUCUAAAGUAUCAACUGAUUGUAUUGUAAAGGAGUCGAAUUAAUUUGUAAAUUUGUUUUUGGUAUUUUUGUUGAAAAUUUGUUGGUAUAAAUUGUAAUUUCUAUGUCAAAGGUUUUUGUACUCGACUUGCAGUCUAUCUGGCCACACAUCGAAUUUAAGUGAUUUUUCGCCAAACAUGUGAAAAGGGCCAUAUGUAAACAAGCCAAAUUUUCUCGUUUUUUGAUUAACACAAGCGAAAUCUGCCUUACCAAGAAGAUUUGUUGAUGAAAGAAUUUACUUUUAUUCAAACAAUCUUAUUUGUACAGGUAGGUUAAGCUUGUAUUCAUUGAAAAAACGUGAAAUUGUGGCUUGUCUCGCUUGUUGGCGAGAUUUGGCAUUGAUUGUGAAUUGUUUUUAAGAUGGUUCAAAAUAAGACCGAUGCAAUCAUUCCAAAGCGAAAUGAAAAUCUUAUAAAACAUGUGUAUGAAUGCAGAGCAUAAUAAAAUCAGUAGCGAAUUAUUUUAUUUUGAACACAACAAAUGUAUAUCUAUGUUGAUAUGCUUAUUCUUGAGACACGAAAUAUCAGCUAUUAAGAUAUUAUCAGAUUUUUUACCCGAUUUUUCAACAGGCGGCUUAUUCGGGCGUAAAUUUGUGAUCUCGGUUAUGGCUGAAAACCAUUAAAACAAAAAAAAAAUACAACCCAGGUUCAGUCGAGUCGAUAUUUCUGGGUGCAUUCCAUUUCCGCAAUCAGGAAAAUGUUGGACGACAAAACCAAAUCUGCAAGCCCAAAUAAAAAAAAAACAAUACGAUAGAAAAGGACAUGAAAAAUUUACUACAAGGUAAACAGCCCAACAGGUUGUAUCAAAUGGUCACGUAGGACUAAAGAGUGUAAUAAGAGGGUUUUUAGGAACACAGUUACUGUUCAUGAUAAAUUCAACCCUUAAUUGAAUAUAUUCAAAUACAAUCAACUUAAAUUAAGUCUAUCUUACACAUAACAUUACCUUGAUCCCGGCGGCACUCAGGCUCGACGGCACACUCUUACUCUCGCUCAAAUCAUAGAAGUCAAUCAGUCUAAUAAAGCAAUUAAAUUCGAUCACAUCGUUUUGCCGCUUGUCAUACCCAAAAUCUUUGUCGUUCGGUUUGGUACGCGACACUAUUCUUACAAUCGAGUGGGAUCUCUCCGCCUUGUAGUUUUUCUCUCGGUAGUGUAGUGUAACGAAAAGAAUAAAAUUCAUCGAAGUUUCAGUGAAACUAAUGUAUAAUACACAUGAUGUUAUAGUAAACCACACACGAAAAUAGCAUUGGAGGUAGGGAUACCAUCUGGUCGAAGUUAGAAAUCAGGACACCUUUUCUGGGCACAAAUUUGACUAAGUUAUUCUAUUCUUCGAAGUAUGAGCAAAUAUAACACGUAAUAUAUGAUUUACUCAGUUCUUUUUUACGUGGGGAUACGCAUCUCGCGGAAAAAAACGAGUUAAUAAAAAAAAUCCGCGUAUAAAAACGCGUAGUUGGAAAAUCCUUCGAUUUAAAAAUCCGCGUGAAAAAAACGUUAAUUCGAAAAUCCGUGUAGAAAAAUACCUAGUAAAAAAAUCUGAGUGUAUCUCUGACGAUCCGCUUUCAUCAAACCACUUUGAAUUAUUACGCAUUAGUAGAUACUUUUAAAAUUCAACACACGUAAACUGUUUCAACUUUAACCUAACAAAUGCCAGAUGUUUAAUGGUAACGGUCAACGCGUGAGAGAUUCGUCUUAUUUUCAACCAAUGAAAAAUUUCGAUCGCAGUGAGCGUUGCGACCUGGAAUCGAAAACACUUAUUGAGCAAUUCUGAAAAAUUCUGCUUAUUGCCACACAACAAAGUUAAAUAUCUCAAGGAAAUCAGGACAAAUGCUAAAAUAUAAAAAAUAAAUCAGGACGCCCAAAUAGGACUUCAAAAUCAGGACAUGUCCUUCUAAAUCAGGACGGAUGGUAUCCCUAAUUGGAGGCUUAUGUUGAAGUAACGUGUAACUCACAUACACUUGCAUGUUUGACAAUAAGUGAGGAAUCAUGUGUAGAACAUGUCAUAGAAGCAUGUUAUUUUUUUCCGGUGUAUGGUCUUAUUUUAUGAUUUUCCAACAAUCAAACAAUUUUUAUUCAAUAAACAAUUUUUAUUCAAUAAUGUUUAAAUCUUGAUGGUCAGUAUGACAAUAGUUCAUGACAAAUAGUUUUUAAGCUAUGAAUGCAUGGAACUUUGCCAGUUUUAUAUUCAAUGGGUGUCUUAGUUUAUUCAGUCGACAAGUAAGCGAGAACCAGUGCGAAACGCUGUGUCCCUACGUUUUGUCGGUAGAAGGAAAUAGAGCGAUCGUGCGUAAGUUUUGCUGGUUUUGCUUAUCUGAGAGUUUUCGGAAUGU